AAAUCCUUGACUCGAGUCAAAUGCCUCCACUGCCAGAUAUCGACGCAUCCCAACCCCCGCCAUCUCCAUUAGCACCAACAGGAACACAGACUAAUUUCUGGAAAGGCGCGGUCGGGAAAAGGUCAUCGCGUUCUCUCAUGUCUAGAUAGGUAUAUGAACAUCGCGCUGGAGCAGACGGAGGAGCAUAUUAAUGGUGCAGUCAUAAUUGAUAUUGGGACGCGUUCAUUCGUGGGGAUAAUGAUCCGCUAUAAUCACAACGUUGUACUACGUCACUUCAUUCCUUUGCUCCCGGGCUUCGAUUUCUACACAUUGCUCAAUGAAGGGUCCAUUGGUGGAUCCGUGUAGUGCCCCUCUCGUCGUCGUGGUAGAUGGGUGG